UUGCUCUAAACACAGGUAGGGAACCUGACAACGCUUUAACUUAUAAGCUUGAACCUGCUUCGAUUACAUUUUCCCCUAUCCUUUCAGUCACUCUCUCAUCAUCCAAAGACCAAGGUUAAGGUUUGGAGGAUUCUUUAUGGGUGUCUCAUUUAAGGUAUCGAAAACAGGCACCAGGUUCCGUCCGAAGCCUUGUCUUCAAUCAGAAACUGCAAUUGAUGAUGGAUUGGAUUCGAAGGAGAGCUCACGAAUUGGCUUGAAAGAUGAGUCCUCUAACAAAAAGCUUGAGGUUGACGUUGCUAAUGGAUGUGAGGAUGUUCCUGGGGUCUCUGUUGCAUCGUUUGCUACCAAAGGACUUAGCAUACCUGCAGGGCAUGAGGUUUCUUUUACAUUGAACCUAUACUCUGAUGGAUACUCAAUUGGAAAGUGCUCAGAGAAUGAAGUUCAACAUCUGGCUGCUCUGCAUGAGGCUCCAAAGAUGUUGCAUCCAUAUGAUAGGACAUCUGAAACCCUGUUCUCUGCAAUCGAGUCGGGCCGAUUGCCUGGAGAUAUUCUGGAUGAUAUGCCUUGCAGGUAUAUUGAUGGGAGCCUUGUUUGUGAGGUGAGAGAUUAUCGAAAAUGUGCAUUGGUAGAUGGGUCAACUGUUCCUUCAACUGAAUAUCCACCAGUGGUGCAUAAAGUGUGUCUCAAAAUGUCAUUGGAGAAUGUAGUGAAGGAUAUCCCGCUGAUCUCAGAGAAUUCUUGGACUUACGGUGAUCUGAUGGAAGUAGAGUCCCGAAUUUUAAAGGCAUUGCAACCGCAGCUUUGUCUAGAUCCUACUCCCAAAUUGGAUAGAAUCUGUAGCAAGUCAGUUGCCUUGGAGCUGAAUUUGGAUAUGUGCAGUCUGAGGAGAAAACGGUUGAGGCAGAUUCCUGAAGGGACAUCUAAUAAUACAAUGCAGGUGAAGAAAGCUUGCAUUGAUCGGAUGCCAGAAAGCUCUAGGUUGGGAGAUUCAAGCAUGAUUUCAGGCAAUAUGAUGUCGCAGAAUAUCCAUGAGAACUUGACUGCUCAAAAUAUUGGUCCAAAUAAUCUGUUAGCCUUAAGUCACAAAAACUUUGCUCCAGAUGUUUCUGUGGCGGCACUGCCUUUGGUAUCGCAAUCAAGGUAUCACAUUGGGGCAGGGACACCAAGAAGUAUGCAAGAUCAUGGGCCUGUUGUUAGUUCGUCAGGAAUUUCCCCUUCAGCUCAGGACACUAUGAUAGGAUAUGGAGACAAUGCGAACUCGAAUGCUUCACUUCUUGGGAAGAGGGAGAAUCAAGAUGGGCAGCUGUCAGCAUUAUCCAAUUUUAAGAGAGCAAGGCUUGCACAAAUCGGUGUUGAUGGAUUUCAACAGCAUCAGAUUGGGGCACAUAUGGACAGCUUCAAUGGAGCAGAUGCGAACUGGAAGAAUUCAUUGUUGCCGCAGCAAGCAAUGGCAAGGGGAAUGCAAUAUACAAAUGCUGGCAUUCAAAAGUAUAACCAGCAGGCAUUUGAAGGGAUUCUGAACCAGGAGACUGGGCCAGCACCAUUCACCGCAGGACAGCAGGGCUUGAGAUAUGGUGCCAAAGAGGAGCAGUUUGAGAUAGAAAAAUUGGAUGGGCCAGUUCAUCGGGUUAAAAAAGACGUGCAAAUUGUGGAUACAGAAACAAGCCAUUUGGAUCCGCAACGAGUUCAGCAAAGAUUGCCUCAGCAUCCAUUAAUGAGAUCUGGCCUCUCACAGACAGCCUGGAAUAAUCUCACUCAGCAUCUUGAGAAAGAUCCUAGGAAAGAGGAUAGUUUUCAGAAAAGAAAAUCAGCACAAAGUCCCAGGUUAUCUGCCGGUGCUUUGGCCCAAUCUCCUUUAUCUUCCAAAUCAGGGGAACUUUCUAGUGGUUCAGCAGGACCUCACUUCGGACCGGCUAUGACUAGCGCAGCACUUGGAGCAUCACAUAAAGAUAAAGCUACAGUAAAUUCAGUUCCAACAGUUGGUGGUACCCCGUCUUUGACUUCAAGUGCUAAUGAUUCCAUGCAAAGGCAAACAGCACCUCUAGUUGCAGCAAAACGACGGUCAAAUUCUCUCCCUAAGACUCAGGCAAUGAGUGGAGUUGGCUCUCCUGUAAGUGUUAGUAAUAUGAGUGUCCCAUUAAAUGGAAAUAGUCCUUCUGUUGGAACCCCACCUUUGGCAGAUCAAUCAAUGCUUGAAAGGUUUUCGAAGAUUGAAAUGGUGACCAUGAGGCAUCAACUCAAACCCAAAAAGAUUAAAAUUGAUGACAACUCCAUCAGAAAACCCAAAAUAUUUUCACCUCAACAUCUAUCGACUUGUCUCUCCAAUUCAUCCAAUAAUGAGGACUUCAAAGAUGACGUCAAUGUUUUGUCAAACUCACUUGUUGGUGGCAGCACCAAUGUUUGCAAGAUGAGAAUCAUAAGUUUUAUCCAUGGGGAUCGUGUCGGAAACGUCGUUUCUUAUGUUCCUAGAGUACAAAGUAGAAUGUUUAUGACAGAGAAGCCUAAUGAUGGUACCGUGGGAUUGUAUUACGGAGACCUGGAUGGUGGUGAUAUUCUGAUCGUAGAUGAUGAUCAUUUACUCGCAUUGCCCAGUACUCACUAUGCAGAUUUGCUUGCAGCACAGUUUUGUUCAUUGAUGAUACGUGAAGGGUAUCUUGUGGAAGAUCAACUCAAACGAAGACCACCACGGAUAAAUCUUGCUUCAAGUAGUCAACAAAUCGUUGCUGGGAUACCUCCUAAUAGUCCAGCAGUGCAGAUGCAGCAAUAUACAGAAGCAGUUGCAGGUCAACCACCGAAUGAAGUUGCAAAGCCAACUAACAGUGGUAACUCAUCCGUAACUUCAUCUCACUAUCUUGUAGCAAGCGCAAGAAUGCUGCCUCCUGGACCUCAGGCCUUACAGAUGUCACAAGGUCCAUUAUCUGGCGUUUCAAUACCGACAAGGCCACAACAGCUUGAAACACAGCCAUCACUUCACCUACAGCAUCAACAGCAACACCAGCAAAAUCAACAGUCUCUGAUUCAACAACAACAUCCACAGUUCCAGAGAUCACAAAUGAUGCUUCCUUCAAAUCCUCUCUCACAGUUGAAUGGAAUUGGCCAGAAUUCGAACUUGCAGAUGGGUAAUCACAUGGUCAACAAGUCUACCGCUCUCCAACUUCACUUGUUACAGCAGCAACAACAGCAGCAACCGCAGCAGCCACAACAACAGCAGCAACUGCCAAAUCUGAUGCAGAGGAAAAUGAUGGGACUUGGAGGGCCAAUAGGUAUGGGGAGUAUGGCCAACAACAUGGUUGGGCUAGCAGGCCUGGGAAAUACCAUGAGCAUGGGAGGUGCUAGAGGAGUGGGAGGAACGGGAAUCUCAGCCCCAAUGGCAUCUAUUUCUGGUAUGACUAAUGUGGGUCAGCAUCCAUCGAGUAUGAACCAGGCUUCAAAUAUUGGUAACACUCUAAGUCAGCAAAUUAGAUCUGGUCAACUGCAAGCAGCACAAGCUGCUGCUUUCAUGUCAAGAUUGAAGAUGCAGAACCGAGCUGGCAUGUUGGGAGGCUCCCAGGUGGGCAUGGGCGGCCUGUCAGGGGCUAGACAGUUGCACCCUGGCUCUACCGGUCUUUCCAUGCUGGGCCACCCCAUGAACAGGCCUGGCAUGAAUCCUAUGCAAAGGACAGGCCUGGGGCCAAUGGGUCCCCCAAAGUUGAUGCCCGGGAUGAAUCUCUACAUGAACCAACAGCAGCAGCAGUUACAGCAACAGCUGCAGCUAGAAACAUCAUCACCACUACGGGCUGUUGUUUCUCCCUCGCAGGUAGGCUCACCAUCAACCUUGGGAAUGACACAACUGAAUCAGCAACCGCUGCAGCACGCUAGCCCUCAGCAAAUGAGCCAGCGAACCCCAAUGAGUCCUCAACAGAUUAGCUCCGGGGCUGUUCAUCCCAUUAGUGCUGGUAAUCCAGAGGCUUGCCCUGCCAGCCCACAAUUAAGCUCUCAGACCCUCGGCUCAGUUGGAAGUAUGACAAAUUCUCCUAUGGAGCUGCAAGGUGCGAACAAAAGCAACUCCGCUGGUAAUGCAUAGCUUAUCGGUUUAUUUGGGCGCCCCUGUUCGACCAAUUAAUCAUCUGCUUCAGUCCAAAAACAUGCCAUCUUUUUUUUUAUUCAGUUCAUGCCAAAGGGCGGAGAAGAAGAGUACAUUGUCUUGAUGGAAUUGGUUAAAAGUAUUUUUUUUAUGUAUUAAUAAGGGGGAUGGCAUUUCAGAGAUGUAAGUAGUCAUUAAGCCCAAUUCUAAGAGAAAAGGGGUAACUGCUCCAUCAGACUCUUUUGGAUAUAUUUUUGGGCAACUUUAAUCAAGGAUAGUUGAGACCAUUAACAGUUUUGAAUA